AUGACUUCAAGCUCUAUUAAUUUAAAUAAUACUGCAUAUGACAAUAUUGCGAAUAAUACUAUAAAUGCUAAUAUUGAACAUAACUUAGAAACAUCCGAAAUAGUGACAGAACAAUAUUCAACUUUAAACUCUGGACCAAACAAAAAAAAACUGAGCAAACAAAAAGAAUCAAAUGUCGAAAAGAAUUUUUUAGAAUAUUUAGAAGUACAAACACAGAAAGGGAUUAAUGAUGAUAAACCAGAUCAGCACAAAGAAUUUUUUAACUCCUUGUUACCAAUAGUUCGAAAAUUUAAUGACGACCAGACACUACUUUUGAGAUCAGAGGUGAUCAAAAAUCCACAAACUAUCAUUAAGAGAUGCCAAUCUUGUAGGUUACCAGAGACAAUAAAACCAAAUAUAUCAUGCACAUCUUUAAAACAUGAGCCAUACUUCCAUCAACCUCCAUAUAGUCUGUAUAGAAUGUAUAACCCGAACAAUCAGCAAUAUAUACAUCCACAACAAACAUCAUCACAGUAUGCAAAUACUCAAUACAACAUAUUACCUGCAAGGAAUACCAGUCUUUAUGUCCAAUCUCAAAAUGUUCAAAAUGUCCAUAGUCUACAACCCCCAGUUCAAACUUAUGCUUCGUCUCAACAUAUUAAUGUCGUUUCCCCAGAAUCUUCACACCAAUCAAAUGCCAGUUCUCCUUCUCCAUAUUCAAUAUCAACACUUUCACAUCACUCGGAUAUUGUGCCAGGGAGAGAUGAGAUAUAUUCUGAUUCUGAUAUAAUGGAUGAGUUUUUAAUAAAAAAAAUUAAUUAUUACUAA